AUGGCGGCAGCUGUGCUUCCAUACGCGAAACCCCGUUUCGACCAAAGUCACGCGCGGCGGCUAGCGAGCGAUCGCAUUACGAAGCCGAGGAGACAAGCAAUGAUCGUUUCGUCGUCGCUUGCUGCAGUACCUCCCUCAUUCGGCGUCGCUUCCUUUCCCGCGCGUCCCCUCUCCCUUCCUGCAUUCCUCCCCUCCAUGGCCGUUACAACUCUCGGAUUCUUCGCUCGGUUGUUGGGCGGCGACAAGAAGGAAGAAGCAGAGAGGGCGUCCCCUGGGAGAGGCCCCGAAAGUGACGACGACUACAAUGACGACUCAGGGGAAGAGGACGGGGACUCGGAGGACGAGGAGGAAGAGGAGGGAGUGUAUGGAGAGGUGGUGCUGGUGGAGACAAAGGCAGAGGAUGGCAGCAGCAGUAAGAUAGUGUUUUCAGCGGGGGGCGAGGUGGAUGUUUACGCGUUGGAGCGGCUGUGUGAGAAGGUGGGGUGGCCGAAACGGCCCCCUGAGAAGGUGGAGGCGGCGCUGCGUAACAGUUACCUGGUUACUGCACUCCAUCUGGUUACCACUCCGCCUGCUGCUCCAGAAGGGGAAACAGAGGGCGGGGAGAGGGAGCUGAUAGGCAUGGCCCGAGCCACGUCAGACCACACGUUUAACGCCACGAUCUGGGAUGUGCUGGUGGAUCCCAGAUUCCAGGGUCAAGGCUUGGGCAAGGCUCUAGUGGAGCAAACGGUUCGGGCCCUGUUGCGGCGAGAUAUCGGCAACAUCACCCUCUUUGCAGAUUCGCAAGGUACAGUAUCGGAUGUCUAUCAAUGUCUGCAGAAGUUCAACAAUGUUUUUUUGGCUCAAAUUUGUUCAAUCUACUUUGUGGUGAUUGUUGCUGUUCAUCCAGUGGUGGACUUCUACAAGGGCAUGGGAUUCGAAGCAGAUCCCGAGGGAAUCAAGGCGAUGUUUUGGUAUCCGAGGUUCUGA